AUGGUCCUCGCUGCAUUUUGGUCUGUGGUGCAAUAUCGGGCCAUGCAGCUAAUGCCAUGGUUGUUGAUGCUGCGCAGCCCACGGUGUCCUUCUGAUGGAAUCUUACUUGAUUAUCUUUCAGACUGGGUCAUGAUCAGUCUUUACAAAUCUAUAAGGCGGAAGCAUUUUUUUAUCACCUUUACGAUCCUGGGCACCCUUCUCCUUACCGGUGCAACGGUAACUUCUACUGGCCUGCUGACCGUCCAGACGAUGCGCUUUGAUCGAGAGGCUUCGAUGCGCGUUCCCUGGGGCUUUAAUGGCUCUGAUUAUGACCCCGACACGGUAGACUCCCGCGCGUAUGCAACGCAGAUGGCGGUAGAGCUAUUCGAUGGAUCACCGCCUCUUGGACUUCAAGAGAACCAUGCCUUUUCUCCUUUCUACGCCGAGAGUGGACGCGCUGGGGAUACCUUCAUGUCCAAAAAUUUAUCCCAGGCUACCGUGGAUGUUUUUACAAUGGAGCUUGAUUGUGAAGAUACACCUAUCUCAACCCCACAGAGAGACGUGAUUGCAACACACCCGAGAGACAAAGAUUGCUGGCAUAAUUAUGGCGCCGCAAAUUUUGACAGCGAUCCAAGAGCGAUAUACGAGGAUCCUGAGUAUCGACUGUACAUGAAGCUUCUCGGAUGCAAACGCCAAGAACUCCAUUCAAGCUCGCAGCCCAUACGAGAGAUCGACUGGCGUAUAUGGGUGGUGUUGAGCCAUCUCGAACCUAACGCGACCGUUGUGGACACAGGGAGAUGGACUUUAGCGUAUGGACCUGAAGGACCUUACUACAAUAAAUCGACUGCUUUUGUUUCGUGGAGGUUUCUAGCGAAAGUGUGCACCCCACGGUACACAAUCCGCAAAGCUCUGACUAGUAUAUCAUACACCAACGAUAGCAGCCCUGCUGUCGGCACGAUUGAUUUUGACGAACAGGGCGAAGCCGAUACUAUCCCAGGUGUGUCAGCUCAUGAUAUCUUGUAUGGAGUUUGGCACUCUUUGUCCGUUUCCACAAAAUCGUCUCAGACCCCUGUCGCGUUACUGCUAUCGGCUGAUGAGAACGGCAAGGCGCAAUACUGGGGUACAGAUCGCCUUCAACGAGAGCUCAAACAGAAGGUAUCCGCUAUGGGGGCCCAGGUUGCCCGCCAAUAUAUGCUGAAACCGGCCGACAUUGUAACCCGCGGGAGAGCUAACAGUUUGGUAAAACGGCUUGUGGUACGGGAAUUGGCCUUUGGGCUGGUGACAACAAUUCUCGGGCUUCUUGUCGCCAUUGCGAGUGGUCUUAUCAUCGUGUAUCUCCCGGCAGCAGCCUGCCCUCGUGACCCUGGUUCAAUUGCUGGCUUGGCGACUAUUCUGUCAAGAAGCCCGGAGAUAAUGGAACAUUUGACUGAUAUGGGCUCUAAACCAAUCUCUGCGAUUACGGCUCUGAUAUCUGACCAGAAGCAUGGCGUAUCUGCUACGCGUGAAGGGGAUUUUGUGAUCACCAUACAUCGGGUGUCGUCUGCAAACAGGCGCCGAUCCACAGGAAAUGACCAAAUCGAGUGGUGGCGUCCCCUCUCGGUGAGAAUACCGGUGCGCUCCUUGACAUUUGGCAUUCCCUUGGCUUUGAUAUGUACUCUCGAGAGUCUUUCACAGCACUCAAAAAGAUCCGGGGGCAUAGCUCCGAUUGAAGAUGAGAUCUCGCCAGUGCGAUACACAUGGACCUAUAUUCCAGCAUUGGUCAUGCUCGCGGUGCGGAUCCUGUUCCAUGAUCUUGAAUCCUGUGCCCGAAUCUUCCAGCCGUACAAUUGCCUUCAGCGAGCCCACGCAGUGCCUCGGAUGAGUAUCCUGGAGGAUUACAAAGGCAAACUCUCUCUAGUGGUCUUACUGAAUGCGGCACGUAAGCGGCAUUGGGCGCUGGCAGCUGCUGCAAUGGGAGUGCUGGUGUCAUUUGCUCUCCCAAUCGCCGUGGCAGGCCUAUACACCACCGACACUGUGAUGCAACCUAUAGAAGUUAACCUCACCCGACUGGACCGAUGGAGGUUCAAGGACUCUAACCAUGUCCCAUAUACAGACGUGCGGGCCAAAGACAAUUUGCUCGGAGGCUUGCUGCUAUAUCUUGAUGAUGUCACCGAGCCACAGUGGACGUACCAAAACCUCGCCAUUCCGAAAGUCGUGCUUUCCGAUCUAUCGAUGGACCCAGGAUAUUUUGAUGCCCGCUUACCUGCAGUGCGUGGCAGUUACGCUUGCCAGCAUAUUCCCCCGGAUCAGAUCACCUGGGAGAUCAAGGGACCAAACAAGUAUAUAAAGGAUGCGGAUCCUUCAUCUCGCAUGAUUUAUCCCACUUACACAACGCAGAAGGUGUGUACAGGGUUUGAUCAACCCUCCAUAGUGCCAUUUAAUGUCGAGCUUCCAGAAUCCGGAGGUUAUCUCGUUGGCAGGUAUAAUACGGAAAUCGAUGACUGUCCGCAAUAUAUGGAGAUGUUUGGUAAAGCCAAUGGUACUCGGGAGGAAGAUAUAGAGGACUUUUUCGUUCUCGGAUGCUCGCAGCGCCUGGAACAGGUGGACGUGGACCUACGUUUGUCUCUUCCUUCAUAUAACCUGGAUCUCUCCAAGACACCAACUAUUGUCGCAAACUCUAGCAAGAUGCUUGUAGAGCGUUGGCUUAAUCAAUCGUCCAUUUUCGAACCUGUCCUACCCAACACAACAGACGCCUUGCUGGACUUUUCUAUGGGAAACAACGAAGAUACAAAUCUAUCAAUGUUGGACCGCACCCUUCGAGCUUCGAUAUACGGCAUCAACGGGACAAAGAAUCCGGAUGAUUACCUUGACCCGACAAGGUAUAUAGAGAGAAAAAACUGGGUCAUCGGCAUCGUGACAGCGCAGACCCUAAACAGCCAUGCCCGGGUGGAAUUGAACACAUCGGAACAGCAUGUCAUUGGCACGGCGAAUCUGUUCCGGCCGCGUCUUUAUGUCGUCCAAAGCCGCGUAUCUACUUCCAUCCUCGAAGGGGCCCUUGCGGCUAUGGUCCUCUGUGGGGCAGCAGCAAUCACGCUCAUGAAGACCCGGCACGUUCUCCCCAAGAACCCAACCACCAUUGCUGCAGUGGCCAGUCUCCUAGCCGGGUCGGAAAUGAUGAAAGAGAACGUGAUCCCGAGGGGCUCAGAGUGGUGCGACGACAAGGAGCUCAAAAGACGCCGGGUCUUUGAAGACCUCACAUUCAGCAUGAAAUGGUGGCCUGGGCAGAAAGAGCCUGCCGCCGCCGACGAUGACGACGAAGGGCCCGAGACUCGUUCGAACGGGGCCGAGAACCCAGCUUCGAGAGCAAGCUCACGUUCGAGAUCGAAUGAUGAGUCUACUCUGAGGGAGAGUUCCCAUUCAAAUGCCGGCUCUACUUUGAGGGGAAGUUCUGUUUCGAGUGAACAUCGUUCCAUCGGGGAAGAUCAUCUUCCGAACGAGGCCGUUCAGGAAGAAGAGCUUUCUCUUAUUGAGGUGCCAUCAAAUGAGGCGCUGGCUGGUGACGCACUCGAUCAGGAUCAAAAUCCUACUUCGGGUCAAGAACGUCCCCGAGACCGAUUCGGGAUCGACGUGGAUCAGCUGGCGGUAUCGGUAUAG